AUGGCUUCUAAGGGAGACACGAAGCCUGGCUUUCUUUGUCCGGCUUACGACCCGGCCUCCUCGCCGGUCUCUGCCGGACGGCCGCCCAGGCCUCCCGGUGAGGAUGGGCCUGCAGAGAGUACCGUCCGAAGCUCGCCCGAGCCACCGCCGCGAGCACCGACCUCGGCGCGCGGAGCCUCGCCCUCGCCACUACAAAGGAGGCUGCGACCGAGCCAGGGCACCUCAGAGGUAUCCUCCGCCCGGAGCUCAGGCACGGGCGCUAGUCAGGCGCGCACUCCGGCCUCAACAAGGCCAAGCUCGGCCGGUGCCUCCGUGUCCGCCGAAGAGAUGCUCAUGCAGGGCUACAUCCCUAGCACCGAGUACGUGGGCAUCAUGGCCCUGAACAAGGAGCUCCGUGAGCAGAACAAGCUGCUGAGAGCUGAAUUGGUGAAUCUGAAGGUGGAGCAAGAGUCGCUGCGCAUGGAGGAGAGCUUCCUUCGAUCGCAGCUGCAUGCCGGUCUGGAGCCGCCGCCCGAGGUGACCUCCUCGCUCCCUGAUGAGCAGUGA